CAUCUCAUCCAAGACUAAUAAAUAAAGUAUUUGUGAUAACUCAAAAAAUGGGCUCAUUGAUAGGGCACGUAAUACCAGGUUUUGGUUUCUUUCUUAUUGGUAUUUGGCAUUUGCUCAACCACAUAAAAUUACAUGCUCUGAACCCAAAAUCCUACACUUCUUUGAUAUGGUUCCCAGCACCAAAAAGCAGGUAUGCCGAGCUUUUCUUCAUUAUGGGUGGCACCUUAGCCUCCAUAUCAAUGGAACUCUUCAUUGGUCCAUCAAAACACCAACCUCUGGACUCUGAUGGAACUAUUCCUUCUUAUCAUCUCCAUAAUUUUGAACAUGCAAAUAUAUCCCUUACUUUCUUUGUCUAUGCAGUCUUUUCAAUAAUCUUUGACAAAAUCAAUAUCCCUUCAACCGCAGCCAAAUAUGGGCUCACACUAUUUCUUGGAGCUGUUGCAUUUGGCCAAGAACUUCUUCUCUUCCAUCUUCAUUCUACUGACCAUACAGGUGUUGAAGGACAGUACCAUUGGCUUCUCCAAUUUGUCAUUUUUGCAUCUUUAGCCACUACCCUUUUGAGCAUUCCUUUCCCCAAGAGUUUCUUGAACAGUUUUGUGAGAUCUUAUAGCAUUAUGUUUCAAGGAAUUUGGCUUAUGGUUAUAGGUAUUAUGCUUUGGACUCCAGAUUUUAUCCCAAAAGGUUGUUUUUUGAACUUGGAAGAUGGUCAUAAAGUGGUUAGAUGCCAUAAUAAUGAAGCCCUAGAAAGAGCAAAGUCACUAGUAAAUAUCCAAUUUAGUUGGUAUUUAGUUGGCAUCACAGUUUUUACCGUCUCUCUUUAUUUGGUUCUGGUCAAGAUUUUUCGAGAAAAUGUUGAGUACCUGUCUCUAAUAAGCAAAUUUGAGGACGAGGAUUUUGAGGAUGUUGAAGCUCAGAAGAGAAAACUUGGAGUGUUUCUUGAAACGGGAAAACAAGAAAAUAGUUAGAGGGUGUGUGUGUGUGAGAGUGAAGAGGGGGAAUGGGCAAAAAUAAAAAUGUAUGUAUACUCUGGUUUGGUGUGUUACGUUGUAUUUUACUAUUUUGAUUAAGCCUAGUAAAAAUAAAAAAACUGCUACCUUAGAGAAAACAGAAGAACGGGCAGAAAGACAGAUCAAAGUGGGGGUGGGCGGGGAAUUUGGUUCAAGAUUUCUGUGGUUUGAUGAGAGCAAUGUUGAUCGUUGGGAGGAAUUUGAUUAAUAAAUCUUGUUCAAUAUGUAAUGUAGUACUUGUUGGAAAAA